AUGUCUUCCACCAACAACUUUGCUCUCCUCACCCGCGCUCACUCCCUCGUCGCACAAAAGAAACGUGCAAAGCGCGACCAGCUCAAGGAGGUCAUCUUCGACGAUGCUGCUCGCAGGGAAUUUCUUACCGGCUUCCACAAGCGAAAGCUUGCAAAGGCCGAGGCGGCUCGUGCAAAGGCCAAAGAGCGAGAGAAGCAGGAGAGGUUGGAGUCUCGUCGCGAGCAACGGCAAGCAUUGCGCGAACAGGCCGCCCAGAAUGCAGCCCAGGUAGAAAAGGCAUACGGCGGUGUAGUUGAGGACGAGGAGUGGACUGGCAUCAGCGUUUCAGAUCAGGACGGCAAAGAGCAUGCCGAUGAGUACGAGGACGAAGAAGUGUUGGCGACUGUAACAGUCGUUGAAGAUUUUGAUCCUGAUACCAUUAUCCAUGGGCCUGCCAAAUCCGACGUUCCAAUUCCUUCAUCAAAACCAAUUCCCUCUCAAGCAAAAUCGUCAAGACUACCGCCUGCCAAAGAAUCUCCCCAUGCCCCAUCAAAGAAAAAAUCAAAGCCCAGGGAGAAAAAAAUCCGGUACGAGACUAAAGAUGCCCGGCGCAGAGAGCAGAUAAAGCAGCGGAGGAGGAGAACGGAGAAAGCAGAACUCGCUGGAGGAAAGGCAUCACGUAAAUCAAAAACUCCAGGCGGCAAACGACACACCUCCAAGCGCUAA